GUGUUAGUUAGCUGGCACGAUGCACUUCCCCAGGGUUGUGUUUCCUUUUUCCUGAGAUUUGGCUAAGGGUAAAGGGUCGGAGUCACAUGGAUUGAAAGCAUUUGAUUGAUGUCCAAGUCACCACUGUGGCUGGAGCCGCCUCCCCUCGGGUUGGGGCCGCGUGAGGCCGGAGCAGCGGGCCGGGCUGGGCUCCUGCUCUCCCGGGACUGUCCUGCUCUGAGUCCCGCGUGUCCCGCGCGCGCGCUGCAGCCAGAGCACGUCUUCUGCCCACACCCCGGCCUCGGGCCAGCAUGUGAAGCUGCGCGCUCAGGCUGGGACUCCACGGAGGAGGCAAGUUUGCGGGCGGCAGCAGGCACAGGGCAGCGCACUUGCCCCCAGCCCCUCGCCCCGCCGGCCACCAUGAGCGACGAAAGCUCCAGGGAAGCGGACAAGCAGCUUCGCCUGCGCGUGUGCGUGCUCAGCGAGCUGCAGAAGACCGAACGCGACUACGUGGGCACGCUGGAGUUCCUGGUGUCGGCCUUCUUGCAUCGAAUGAACCAGUGUGCUGCAGCAAAGGUUGAUAAAAAUGUGACAGAGGAAACAGUGAAGAUGUUAUUCUCCAAUAUCGAGGAGAUCCUCGCCGUACAUAAGGAGUUCUUGAAAGUCGUAGAAGAAUGCUUACAUCCUGAGCCCAAUGCACAACAGGAAGUGGGAACCUGCUUCCUUCACUUUAAGGACAAGUUUCGUAUCUAUGAUGAAUAUUGUAGCAACCAUGAAAAGGCACAAAAAUUGCUUCUUGAACUGAACAAAAUAAGGACAAUCCGGACGUUUCUUUUGAACUGCAUGCUGCUUGGAGGUCGGAAGAAUACAGAUGUCCCCCUGGAAGGGUACUUAGUGACACCAAUUCAGAGGAUAUGCAAGUACCCUCUUCUUCUGAAGGAAUUACUGAAGCGGACUCCACGGAAACACAGUGACUACACAGCAGUGAUGGAAGCCCUCCAAGCCAUGAAAGCUGUUUGUUCCAACAUUAAUGAGGCCAAGAGACAGAUGGAGAAACUGGAAGUUUUAGAAGAGUGGCAGGCACACAUUGAAGGCUGGGAGGGGUCUAACAUUACGGACACCUGUACCGAGAUGCUGAUGUGUGGAGUCCUAAUGAAAAUUUCUUCUGGAAAUAUUCAAGAACGGGUGUUUUUUCUUUUUGAUAAUCUUUUGGUAUACUGCAAAAGAAAACACAGACGGCUGAAGAAUAGUAAGGCAUCCACAGAUGGGCAUCGGUAUGUCUUUCGAGGGCGGAUCAAUACUGAGGUGAUGGAAGUGGAAAAUGUGGAUGAUGGCACAGCUGAUUUUCACAGCAGUGGGCACAUUGUUGUGAAUGGGUGGAAGAUACACAACACAGCAAAAAAUAAAUGGUUCGUAUGCAUGGCUAAAAGCCCUGAAGAGAAGCAUGAAUGGUUUGAAGCUAUUUUGAAAGAAAGAGAACGUCGGAAAGGUUUAAAAUUAGGAAUGGAACAAGACACAUGGGUAAUGAUCUCUGAGCAGGGUGAGAAAUUGUAUAAAAUGAUGUGCAAACAUGGAAAUCUGAUCAAAGACAGAAAAAGAAAACUUACCACAUUCCCAAAGUGCUUCCUGGGAAGUGAAUUUGUCUCAUGGCUGUUGGAAAUUGGAGAGAUUCGCAGGCCUGAGGAAGGUGUCCACCUAGGACAAGCACUGUUAGAUAACGGCGUCAUCCACCACGUUACUGAUAAGCACCAGUUCAAGCCAGAGCAAAUGCUAUACCGAUUCCGAUAUGACGAUGGUACAUUUUACCCCAGGAGUGAGAUGCAGGACGUGAUUUCUAAGGGUGUAAGACUCUACUGUCGUCUUCAUAGUCUGUUUACUCCAGUGGUCAGAGAUAAAGAUUACCAUUUGAGAACUUACAAAUCUGUCGUCAUGGCCAACAAAUUGAUAGACUGGUUAAUUGCACAGGGUGAUUGCCGUACCAGGGAAGAGGCAAUGAUAUUUGCAGUUGCGCUCUGUGACAAUGGAUUUAUGCAUCAUGUCCUAGAAAAAAGUGAGUUCAAAGAUGAGCCUCUACUUUUCCGCUUUUUUGCCGAUGAGGAAAUGGAAGGAUCAAAUAUGAAGCAUAGGCUUAUGAAACACGACUUGAAGGUUGUGGAGAAUGUCAUAGCUAAGUCACUGUUGAUUAAAUCCAAUGACGGCAGCUAUGGCUUUGGGCUAGAAGACAAAAACAAAGUUCCAAUAAUAAAGUUAGUGGAAAAGGGGUCGAAUGCCGAGAUGGCUGGCAUGGAAGUUGGGAAGAAGAUAUUUGCUAUUAAUGGUGAUCUUGUAUUUCUGAGACCUUUUCCUGAAGUCGAUUGCUUCCUGAAAUCAUGCUUAAACAGCAGAAAACCACUGAGAGUCCUCGUGAGCACAAAGCCAAGGGAGACUGUUAAGAUCCCGGAUUCGGCAGAUGGGCUUGGUUUCCAGAUCAGAGGCUUUGGACCUUCGGUCGUGCAUGCUGUGGGAAGAGGCACUGUGGCUGCAGCAGCUGGCCUUCAUCCAGGACAGUGUAUUAUCAAAGUAAAUGGAAUCAACGUCAGCAAGGAGACACAUGCCAGUGUCAUUGCACAUGUCACAGCCUGCCGGAAAUACAAGCGGCCGAUGAAGCAAGACUCCAUACAGUGGGUCUAUGAUAGUCUUGAAAGUGCUCAUGAAGACAUUCAGAAAUCCCACUCAAAGCCCCCUGGUGAUGAAUCUGGCGAUGCUUUUGACUGCAAAGUAGAAGAUGUCAUCGAUAAGUUCAACACCAUGGCCAUUAUAGACGGCAAGAAGGAGCAUGUGAGUCUGACCGUGGACAAUGUCCACCUCGAGUAUGGGGUUGUAUAUGAGUAUGAUAGCACAGCAGGCACAAAGUGCAAUGUGGUGGAGAAGAUGGUGGAGCCAAAAGGGUUCUUCAGCCUAACUGCCAAGAUUCUUGAAGCCCUAGCAAAAAGUGAUGAACAUUUUGUGCAAAACUGCACUGGCCUUAGUUCUUUGAAUGAAGUGAUCGCCACUGAGCUUCAGAGUAAAUUCUCCAGCAUGUGCAGUGAGAGAAUCGAACAUGUGUGCCACAGAAUAUCCAGCUACGGGAGGUUCUCUCGAGUGCUGAGGAACAGAGCCUGGCCCACCUUUAAGCAGGCCAAACCUAAGAUCUCCCCGCUGCACAGCAGUGACUUCUGCCCAACCAACUGCCAUGUCAACGUGAUGGAAGUUUCUUAUCCAAAAACAUCAGCUUCCCUGGGUAGUGCCUUUGGUGUGCAGCUAGAUAGUAGGAAACAUAACUCCCAUGAUAAAGAAAAUAAAUCUGCGGAGCCAGGGAAGCUGAGCUCCAUGGUGUACAUUCAGCAUACAAUCACAACCAUGGCGGCCCCUUCGGGCCUGUCGCUGGGACACAAGGAUGGCCAUGGCCUCCGGUAUUUGCUGAAAGAAGGAGACUUAGAAACUCAAGAUAUUUAUCACAAACUCCUGGGCAAGCUCCAGACUGCACUGAAGGAGGUGGAGAUGUGCGUUUGUCAAAUUGAUGACCUUCUGUCUUCAAUAACAUAUUCUCCUAAAUUGGAGCGGAAGACAACAGAGUGUGUGGUGCCGGUGGACAGUGGCACCGAGAAGGGAGAGAGCAAUAGCAAACGUGUCUGCUUUAAUGUAGCAGGGGAUGAGCAAGAGGACUCGGGCCAUGACACAGUCAGCAACAGGGACUCUUACAGUGACUGCAACAGCAACAGGAAUUCCAUUGCCUCCUUCACGAGUAUCUGCAGCAGCCAGUGUAGUUCCUACUUCCACAGUGAUGAGAUGGACUCGGGUGAUGAGCUUCCUAUCAGCAUCCGGAUAUCUCAUGAUAAACAGGACAAGAUACACACUUGCCUGGAGCAGCUCGUCAGCCAGAUCGAUUCAAUAAUCAACCUCUUGAAAGGACAAGCUGUGAUAAGGGCCUUUGAGCAAACCAAGUAUCUCACACCAGGUCGAGGAUUGCAAGAAUUCCAACAGGAAAUGGAAGCAAAGCUGAACUGCCCCAGGAGGUUGCGGCUCCACCUCAAGCAGGAUCCUUGGAAUCUUCCCAUCAGUGUCCAGGCUCUUGCACAGAGCAUCAGAAAAUAUGUUGAAGAAGUGAAGUGCCGCAUACUGCUGGCUCUCCUUGAAUAUUCAGAUAGUGAAACCCAGCUCCGGAGAGACAUGGUUUUCUGUCAAAGUCUUGUGGCUACUGUCUGUGCCUUCUCUGAGCAGCUCAUGGCUGCCUUGAACCAGAUGUUUGACAACAGCAAGGAAAAUGAAAUGGAGACUUGGGAAGCCAGCAGGAGGUGGCUGGACCAGAUUGCAAAUGCUGGUGUGCUUUUUCACUUUCAAUCACUUCUGUCUCCAAAUUUGAAAGAUGAGCAAGCCAUGCUUGAGGAUACAUUGGUUGCUCUGUUUGAUUUGGAAAAAGUUUCCUUCUUCUUCAAACCAUCAGAAGAGGAGCCACUGGUUGCAAAUGUCCCUCUUACAUACCAAGUGGAAGGAAGCCGGCAGGCUCUGAAAGUAUACUUCUACAUGGAUAGUUACCAUUUUGAUCAGCUGCCCCAGCGGUUGAAGAAUGGAGGAGGCUUUAAAAUUCAUCCUGUCCUCUUUACACAAGCAUUGGAGAGCAUGGAAGGAUAUUGCUAUAAAGACAACAUCUCCGUGGAAGAGUUCCAAGCACAAAUAAACACAGCCUCCCUGGAAAAGGUCAAACAAUACAAUCAGAAGCUCAGGGCAUUCUACUUGGACAAGUCAAAUUCCCCACCGAAUGCCACCUCUAAAGCUGCCUACACAGAUAAGCUCAUGCGGCCUCUCAACGCUUUAGAUGAACUUUACCGGCUGAUCACCUCAUUUAUCAGAUCCAAACGCAUCGCUGCCUGUGUGAACACACCUUGCAGCGCGUCUGGAGUUGGACUGCUGUCAGUUUCUUCGGAGCUGUGUGACAGGCUUGGUGCCUGUCACAUCAUCAUGUGUAGCAGUGGUGUGCACCGGUGCACCCUGAGUGUGACACUGGAGCAAGCCAUCACUCUAGCAAGAAGCCAUGGGCUCCCUCCUCGGUACAUUAUGCAGGCCACAGAUGUGAUGAGAAAGCAGGGUGCAAGAGUUCAGAACACAGCUAAGAACUUGGGGGUUAGAGACCGGACUCCUCAGUCGGCUCCGAGACUGUACAAGCUCUGUGAGCCACCACCGCCAGUAGGAGAAGAAUAAGCAUCCAUCCCAUGAGCAAGAGACAGAUGCUUCCAAACGCUGAUCAGGUCAACAUUCUUCACCGAAGACAAAGAAAUGCAUAUUUAAGAUGUAAAGUCUUCCCAUGGUGUAAAUAACAUGUUUGGUUUGAAUAUUUAUGUUGGAACUAGAAUUUCCUUCAGACAGUUCAGCCUCACACUAUAUAUUAAGAUUUCAGAUUCAUAUUUGGGCAAAAUCCACUGCUCGUAUUUGUAGGAAUAUAUACAGAGAUAAAAGAUGAACUAUUUUGGUUCCUUUCUCAUUCAUUAAUUAUAUUGUAUUUGGUUUCAGCUUCCCCAAUGGACAAAUAUAAUAAAUGAUAGUUUUUCUUGAAGUAGUCUGUCCUAAAAAUGAUGGCCACACUCUGGAAACUAUCAAUGUUAAGAAAUAUUAAGGACUCUGUAGAUGGAGAGUUACAGGUGUCCCAUCUACCCCUUGUGCCACCCGGAGUGCAUCUCUGGGAGGUAGGGACAUCCAUGACUUCCUUUCUUCUAAGGCUUUCUGGUAACAAAGCUAAGAGAUCCUAGCAAGACUUUUUCACGUAUGUGACGUAUACUCUCCAGCCAUGUAGACACUCCAGUGGGAAGGCGCUUUUCUUGAUCGCUACAAUGAGCCACGAACCCUGCAAGAUGUACGGCUGUGGGUAGGGAGUUCUCAGGCUGGGGAAAUGAGAGGAGUGAAUGAGGAUGGAAAAUAACAAGCAUAUUUGACAACUCCAUCCUUAACAGAGAAAGAUAAAUUCUUAAUUGUAUGAAGACUUCCUAUGAGAUGUCAGACCCUUAAAAUAACACACCGUCAUGAAUAUUUUUCUAUCAAGUUAUAUGUGUAAGAUGUGAAAAUAGAUUUAUUUGUUGUUGUACUUCAAAAGACCAUUAGACAAGAAUCUUGAUAAUUUAUAAAACCAAGGUAUAGACUGUAUUCAUUCUAAAGUAUAUGCAAUAUUUAUCACUUCUGUGUUGAUAUACUAACAUUGUUUUAGCACAUAAAUAUAUUACUAUUGGUUUUAAAUACAUAUCUUUAAAAUUAAUUAAAACAAAAUUGCUGUGAUUAUGAUUGAGUUGUGCUUUGCUUAAUAAUAGGAACAAAUUUGCCUUCAGGUGAUAUUACUGAACAAAUGUCAUGGGGUGUACUUAUGCAAAAUGAGAUGACUGUGGCCUCAUUAGACAGUAUGACCUAUGGAACCAUUUUUCUAUAGGCUGUCCAUCACUAACCCAAAGGCCACUAACAGCACAGAACUGUUUAUGGAUAUGAGCUAAACACAUGAAAUCCUUACUUUAAGCACAGUUUUGGCAUACCGUUAUUCAGUUUUACUUUACAAAUCUCAUUAGAACUUCAGACUAUCAUUAAAAGCUAUCAUUACUGCCAGUGACAUAUUGAAUUUAAAAAUGUGUUUCAAAAGUAUGGGAUAUAUACAUCCUAUGAGUUAAGGUGAAAAUUAUUCAGCACAGAGAACUUGAGAUUUUUUGAAAUGUAUAUGUGACUAAUCAUAGAAAAGGCAACAUCUGUUUCUAAAGAAAAGCUUUAGCAUUUUGAAUUUAAUGAAGAUAUGACCUACAUUUGCAUAUAUAUGACAAACAUCCAUAGUUUUCAGGAUCAAUAUUUUUGCUAUCAUCAGCAUACAACUGUGAAGCUCUGAUAGUUCAGGCCGCCCUCUCUGAAAGUCUUAAGAGUAAGGAGAGCUGAUUGACCAACAAGGCAGACCCUUCACACUGCUUUACUGUCCAUGCUUACCAGCCUCAGUAAGUCUCCAUAGAGGAACAGAGGGGCUACGAACACACUUACAUCUCCUGGGCAUAUUAUCUGCCUUUGCAGAAUUUAUAAAUUAGUGUACUUUAAGGAUCCAGUCUAUAUAACAGAAUGUAGUUAAUGUUAUCUUUUGAGCUAAACAUUAUUUGUGUACACAGCACUUACAAAUUUUACAAGUUUGCUAGCAUUUUAUAGUUACAGCCAUCACUGUCAUAUUGUUUUCAUAAUAAAAUCAUAGCUGAUGGGGUUUAGUGUAUACUAAAUGGCACCUUUGACUACCUAGCCCACAUUUUACUAUUCUGUCUUCACAUAGCCUUGUAGCAGUGAUGAAAGCUGACCUUGUCUUAUUACCUGCACUUCACAGUUCAGCUAAAGCAAAGACUAACUCAGUGACUUGCACCAAGUUCACCCGAUGAACAUGGCAUAGUCAGAAGUUAAUGCAAGAAGCCUGUUUUAUUAUUUCACUGUUUUUAUUUGUUAUAUGAGAACCAUUAUAAUAUUAACAAUUAUUUUCUGACUAAAGUUGGGGAUUUAUGACAUGUACUAUUUUUUAAUUAUAUAUACCAUGUUGCAAAAUCAAGUGGGAAUAUGCAGAAUGCCUUUAGUGUACGAGAACUAUAUUCUUGGCAUUUCCCAUCCAUAAUCAAAGAGGCUCCACUUGUAUUGCAGCCAGGAUAAAAUUUGACUACAAUUUUAAAAGUGUUAACACUUAAAUACUUAUGCUAGAUGAGUAAUCAUUUUUCAAUACCAUAAUGUAUACCUUCUUUUGACAUUGGAAUUUUAGCAGAUUUUGGGAGUUUAGAACACUCUUGCUUUAAUGUUGCACUAUCUUCUGCAACUGGGAAUUACUGAUAAGCUAAGGAAAAAUAUUACUUACUGUUCUUACAACUUCUAUAUGUUGACAUAGGUUCCUGUCUACCCACUGAGAGAUUUAAGAUCUUAUCAUGGGAACUGGAUCAUAUUUACUAUCUUACAGAUUUCCUCAUUGAUUUCUAACAUUAAAAAUUUUAAUUUUGUAAGAAUAUGAAAAAUUUAAGGGCUAAAAAUAUGAGAGAAAGAUAGACAGAGGAUAAUAAUUUCUGGUCCAGGUUUACUUGGCAGGCUAUGUAAUGCUGGGUUUCUAUUGUAUGCUCUCUCAUAAACCGGUAUCCUCAUCUGCAGGACCAUGCUACUUUCUUCCUCUUUAACAGAAGUUUUCUGGUGUCUUCAAUUCCCUGUAUAUUUGUUGGCCACUCUUCUUGCCACAAGAUGUUCAAUUAAAUAGGAAGUAGAACUGGGAAUGUAGCACAGUGUUGAGCACUUGCCUAGCACCGUGAAGCCAUGUCAAACCAUUCUGGCUCUCCUUUAAGCCAUUAAUGGCUCACACCUGUAAUCCCAGUACUGGGAGAGUCAGGAGGAUUGCCAGGAGGUCAAGGGCAGCUUGAACUACAUAGGAAUGUGAGGCCAGGUGUGAGACAUGGCCUACGAAAGGAAGAUACUACAGUGCACGUUACAUGGGGUUGGCACUAUUUCCUGCUCUAUUGAUUUUAACUUUGAAUAGCUCAAUUCAGAAUGAAAUGAAGUUGAUCCUAUGCUACCUUUAACGGUGAGGAAAGUCAAUGAGAAAGAAAUUCAAGAGGAGGUAUUAGCUAACUUAAGCAAACAAUGUCCUAUAAUGAACACAUAGAUUUUACAGGCAAGGGUUUUUUUUUUUUAAGCAAAUAUGUUUCUAUCAACUAUCAAGUAUUCUUACACAAGUCCAAGCAUCUGUAGUCCUGUACAAUAUGAGUUACCACAUCUACGCAGGGUUUUCCUUAGGCAUUUGGGUUUUUAUAAAAUCAUAAUAUUAAAAUAUCAAAUAACGACAUUGCUUUCUAAAUCAUUUGCCCUUUUAAAAGAAAUUGAAAGUAAUUCCAGAAAGCUACCCUAGUGGUAUUACAAUCAAACUACUAAAGCUUUGUAUCUGAAUGUACUGCUUCUAAAUUUUAGGAAUUUUCAGUUUUAAAGUCUAUUUUUAUGUGAGUGGUCCUGAACAACUGAAGUCUAAUGAUUCGUCCUUUUUGUUAGCAUACUUAAGUUUCAAUUAAGUAAGACACACUAUACUUUUGCAUGUUUGGAGUUUUGUGGGAGAGCCUAAGGAAAAUUUUACUCUGAAGAACAAGUGGGGGAAAUGCAAGAGGCUUCUUUACCACGAAUGGCUUCAGCAUAGAAUUUUACAAAAUGGCCACUAUUUUACUUGGUGCUGCGAUUUCAUGUUGGUCAUAGUGGUUAAUACUGGGUUCCAGAAUCAUUUGAUACUUUAAUGAUUUGCCAUUGUCACUGUUGUUAACAUUCCUGUUGCUGGGCCCUACCUGGCAUGUCUAUUAAAGUACAGUCAGUCUGUGCGACUCUCAGUGGUGACCUAGUGGGAAGUCUGCCUCACUCAGAACUGUUUAUUCUCUAACUGGGUUAGGUUUCUGAAGUCUGCUAAGUCUGAUAAUUAUAUACAGAUACGUGUGUGUGUGUGUGUGUGUGUGCGCGUGUGCGUGUGCGUGUGCGUGUGCGUGUGUGUGUGUGUGUGUGUGUUCUCAUUUAACAUAAACUACUUUUUAGAUUUAUGAACAUUAAUAGUAAACAUUAGAUUUUGGUGUCUUCGUUGUAUGAGAAUAUGAGACCUGUAUUUUAUGGACGGACUAUAUGACAUUUGCUGUCGACCCUGGUGGUGGUGCCUAUGCCAUAGGUGGACUUGUGUACUGUCCUUUGUUCACUGAUGUUCUUCUGCUAUUUGUGGGACCCAGCUUGGUCUCUGUUUGGUUUGGUUUUGUUUGUCAUCACUGUUUCAAAUCAUAUGAGAUAAUCAAGUUACAAAGAGGAAAGGUUUAUUUUGUUUCAAAGUGUUGAAAGUUCUAGUUCACAAUCAACUGAAGCCUGUCAUGAGGUAGCAACUCUUGACAGAGGAAGAUAGCAGGUACAGCUACUUUGCUCAUUAGUCAAACCACAAUGAUGAGUAAGAGAUUUUGACCCCACAGUCUUUCAAAACAGCCUUCAACAGACACAGGAACCACCCAUUGGCCUCCAUCUUCCAGAUGUUUCCCCACCUCGCAAUAGCACUACACUGGGGAUUGAGCCCUUAGUACAAGGACCUUUGGCAGACAUGCCAGGGUCCAAACUAAAUCACUAUACAGUCAAUCUCAAAUCUGCUUUUCUAGUUUACCAUUAAGAAUUAGCUUACAAUGGACAUAAUUGCUGAAUUUUUAAAUGGUGGUGACUAGAAAUACUGGUAAUAACAGAAAUAACAAAGAUUGGGUAAUAAAUUUUAGGUGUAGACAAUGAUAACUAUUAUCCAUUCAUAUAAUCAUUCAAUAAAUGUUUUGAAAUUUACUUAAUAAGGCCCAACCAUAAUUGAGUGUAUUGGAUAGAUUUAAUUAAAAAAAGAUCAUCAUAGUGUCUCUGUAUCUCUAUAUAUACAAAGGUCACUUGUAUCUUUUACUUAAAAAUUAUAUUAUUCACAAGGUAAAUAUAUUCUAAUACCAUGUAUUAUAUACUAUUUAGUCAAGAAUACUAAGUUGUUGAAAUAUUUAGAAAACAUACAUUUGAAUUUAAAUAUCUAAUGCCUCAAGCAAAUCUGCUAGUUUCAGAAGAAUAUAUAUUUUUGUAACUGCAAGAAUAUGAGUAGAUCAUACCUUUUGCUUAAAGUAUUUUUGUAAGCAUUUAUUUACAUAGUACUCAUUUUUAAUAGUAAAAUAUCAAACUGAUUCUGUAAAAGUACCUGUUUUGACUGUCUAUAUUUAAUAUUAUAUAAUAUUCAAAAUUCAAUGAUAAAUUUCACUUGCAUGUAUUUUUACCCUUUUUUCUUUGUAAAUUAGCCAUGUAACAUAGUUUCAAUCAUUCUGUAUUUUGUGUAUGGUUAAAUUUGUUAAAGUUCAUUAUGUAUUUUAUAUCAUUUGUUUUUCCCCCACAUAAAAGAUUGUAAUAGUAACGUUAUCUGACAAAUGUCAAUAAUAAUAAAAUAAAUGACUUAA